AUGGAAGGACAGCCUGAUAAUAAAGUUGAGACUAUUGUGAUCGAAGAAGAAGAAAUUGAUUCGGAAGAUGAAACUAAGGAUGAAAAUUAUAUUAACCCAUAUAUAAAUGUGUCUAAAAUUUUGUUUGCAAUUGCUGAAAAGUUUCGAGAGAUUAACUCUCAAUAUUCAAAUAUAUCAAAGACUACGUUAGUAGAGCUUCAGAACCUUGACUCUAAACAUACAACUGUAUCCGAAAUUACGUCUACAGUUAUUAAGAUAAUUCUAGAAAAUUCAUCCGAAUUAUCAUCUGCCGAUAUAUCCCAAAUCAUUGAAGAGCUUUGUAAGCUUAAAGAAUUUCGAUAUGAAUUUAUGUCUGCAAUUGUUAAAGAGUCGCCAAAAAUUGUCAAUAAUCCAAGUGUAUUAUAUUAUCUUAUGUCCGAAAUUGUUGAAGAUCUUCCUGGACUUGCCAGCCAUCACCCGGAUUUAUUAUCCGAAUUUUUAAAAAAAUGUACUUACCUUAAGCUCCCACCAGAAUUAGAAAAAGCUUUAAAAGAGAAAAAAACUUUUAAAAAUUCUAAAAAGACGGAAACUUUUGAAUGUAUUAUGAAAUUUGGAACUGUUAAGAUUUUAGACACGUCUAUUCGACCAUCAAAAAAUAUAUUUGACCGAAUAUUUGGAAAGAGCAAACGUAGACCAAAAAACAAAAUAUUAUACGCCAUUGCCUGUAUUUUUGAGAGAUUAGCUACCCUUCGUUCGGUUGAAAUUUGUCAAUCACCAGUUUUUGAAGCAAUUAUCAUUCAGAGAAAGUCUUACCUCAUAGAUGGCUUAUAUUCUGGGAUGCUUCUUUAUCACUUUAUCUAUUUUACCCUCUUUGCUUUGGUGCUCUAUACAACAAAACACUUCGCCACCGGAAAUAGAAAUUUGAUGAUUGCAAGUUUAUUUUUUGGUUCACUUACAAUUGCUUAUUCAUUUUAUCAAAUUUAUUAUACGUAUAUUAGAUAUUUAUUAUUUCAUAAAAAGAAAUUUCGUCGCACAAUUGCUAAAUCAAUGGAUACAUUCAUCAUUCUUGCAUCAAAAUUUCUUCCACUUAUCACUGUAAUUCUAGAAUUUCAUAAUAAUUCUGCUCCUAUGGAGUUACGAGCACUUUCCGUCCUAUUCUUGUGGGCGUUUAUGGCUUUACAACUUCGUUACAUUAAGGAAGUUGGGAUUUUUAUUGCAAACUUGCCACCUGAUAAUAAUGAUAUUCCUAAUACAUUUAUAAAUUUUGGAAAAUCACUUAAAAAUGUUUGGUUAAUGCUUCAGGGUGACUAUAGUUCUCUGUCUCCAUGGACAGAUAAUCCCCUGUUGGACAUUCUCAGGAAUAUUUUCUCAUUUAUGACAAGCCUUAUAAUCUUGAAUAUUCUAAUCGCACUCAUGAAUAAUGCUUAUGAAAGAACGUAUAAGCAUGCACGUGCUGUAUGGGUUGCAUAUAUAGCAGAGAUAAUUGCAGACUUUGGAUUUUCUGCUAAUAGUAACGACACUCUCGAUAGUGUUUCAUACAUUGUUUAUGAGGAGUGGGUAGAAAUUAUUUCAAAUCCUGUUACUUUUGGAUAUCAAGAAGGACAAGUCGUUCAACAUGCCGACCUACCCGUAGUAAAGGAUGAAUUGUCAAUAGCAUUGAGAAUAAAAUUACAUCAUCAUGCAUCUGACUGGGCAUCCUCUUAUAAUGAAAAACAUACCGAAAAUUUCAUCUGUACACCAGGAUUAUGGUUUACAUCACAAAAAUCCGCAUUGUACGCUCGAUUCACAGGCAGCUGGAAUGCGGAUGUUGGGAUUAUGACGACUGAUGAACGUUUGUUGCAAAAAGGGUAUCAUAUAGCCUAUACACUUUCUGACCCCAAAAAAAGGUUAGAUAUUUACAUAAAUGGUGAAUUGGCUGGAUUCUUCUGCAUCCACGACGUUAAAAGGCAAAAUAUCCUCUUUAAUGACGGACCACUGUAUAUCGGAAAAUCUCCUUUUCAUGCUGGAUUUAAUGGCGAAAUCAGCAAUUUUCGUUAUUUCAAUUGGCAAUUAUCUGCUGAUGAAGUGAGUGAAGAUUUUGGAUAUUGCUGUGUAGGAAAUCCGAUUUGA